AUGACCAGAAGGCGGGCGGUCCCGGAGGACGAAGAGGAUCAUGGCGGCGGGGAUGGCUUUGGCGGCCGGAAUCACAUGCCGGCGACGGCGCUGUCGAAGGAUUAUAGAAAACAGAGAAUGUGGGGGCGGUCGGGGGGAAGCCGGAGCAAGCGGGGUUGGAUGGCGGGAGGGCUGGUUGUGUUGAUAGGGCUGUUGCUGCUGGCCAAGCUUGUUAUAACGAGGACUUUUCACGUGGAGUUGGAGGCCAGAAAGAAUGAGCAUUUGCUGGUGGUGGCUCAUAAGUCGACGUCGUUUGUACCUAGUGAUGAUGAUGAUAAUACUCCUCAAAUUUGGAGGAAAGCCCCCAGCCACAAUUACUACAAAUGCAUCAAUCGAUUAACCAACGAAACUAAAACGGCAAGGAAUGGGUACAUCCAAGUUCACGCCAACGGCGGGUUAAAUCAAAUGAAACUUGGGAUAAGUGACAUGGUGGCAGUAGCCAAAAUCAUGAAUGCCACUCUAGUUCUUCCUACUUUAGAUCACAAAUCCUUUUGGACAGACACAAGUGGUUUUAAAGAGAUCUUCGACUGGAAGCACUUCAUCCAAUUCCUAAAAGAUGAUAUUGAGAUUGUAGAUUCAAUCCCACCAGAACUUUCAGCAGUGAAGCCCCUCAUGAAGGCACCCAUUUCUUGGUCCAAGGCUAGUUAUUAUAGAAGGAUGCUUCCAUUGUUAAAGGAGCGCAAGGUGAUAAAGUUCACUCACACAGAUUCCCGCCUCGCCAACAAUGGCCUCCCCAAAUCAAUUCAAAAACUCCGGUGUCGCACAAUGUAUGAGGCUCUUUGCUACUCGGACAACAUCGAAAAGCUCGGACAAAAGCUUGUGAGUAGGCUUAAGCAUAACAACAACCCUUACGUUGCUCUCCAUUUAAGAUAUGAAAAAGACAUGCUUGCUUUUACCGGAUGCAAUCACAAUCUUACAUUGGCCGAGGCAAAAGAACUCCGAAGAAUGAGGUACACCGUGAGGCAUUGGAAAGAGAAGGAGAUCAACGGUGUGCAGCGGCGACGCCAAGGUGGGUGCCCCAUGACACCACGAGAAGUCGCGGUGUUCCUCGAGGCUAUUGGGUAUCCUUCAACAACAACAAUUUACAUAGUAGCCGGAGAGAUUUACGGAGAGAAUGGGAUUGAAGCACUCAGAGCCAAGUAUCCAAAUGUGUUCUCUCACUCUAGCCUAGCAACAGAAGAGGAGCUGGAACCCUUCAAACACAGCCAAAAUAAACUUGCCGCGUUGGACUACAUCGUGGCCCUAGAGAGUGACGUUUUUGUGUACACCUAUGAUGGAAACAUGGCCAAGGCCCUACAAGGUCACCGGAGAUUUGAAGGUUUUCGAAAAACCAUCAGUCCUAAAAAAGAAAAAUUUGUGCAUUUGAUUGAUAUGUUCGAUGAAGGUGCACUGACAUGGGAAGAUUUUUCAUCCAAAAUACGGAGUUUGCACGCGAACAGGAUCGGGGUACCCUAUUAUAGAGAGUUCAGAAAUUCUCCAAGGGCAGAGGAAAAUUUCUAUGCCAAUCCCUUGCCAGAUUGCAUUUGUCAGGACUCUUAUAGUAAGCAAAAUGGCAAAAGAUAG